GCCACCUAUACUUCCGAGGCUCCGUGGAGCCACGGCAACCAGACACACACAUAUUGCCACCAAAAUCCUAUCCAUCCGUAACCAAUGGCACCACGCCCAGACCUGGGCAGAGGGCCACCGUACCUGAAACGCCAUCAACCGAGUGCUUCGCGCCGCGCACCGAGAGGAGCAAUGGCGACGCCACUCUCCAGCCCCUUCUCCCCUGCCGCCUCCACAGCCGCCGCGCCACACCAUCUCCGGCUCGGCCGCCGCUGCUUCCGCGUGACGCCGCUGCCUCCCCGCGCCGCGUCCGCCGAGGACGCCGCCGCCGAGGAGGAGGAGGAGGCCGCAUCCUCACCAGCGCCCGCCAAUACGGCUACCGCCGCCGCCGCCGCCUCCACGGACGGCGACUUCGAGGAGCGCGUCCUGCGCAUCAAGUCCCGCGUCGGGCCUAAGAAGCGGGGCAGCGCCGCGGCGCGGAAGAGGAAGGGCGCCGCGGGGUCGUCCAGGGCCGCCGUCACGCUCCCGCCCGUGCCGCUGCGCGAGCCCCGCUCGUCCGUCGGCCUCCCCGUCGAGUUCGGGUUCAGCGCGUACAGCGAGCGGCUCAACGGCGCGCUCGCCGCCGUCGGCCUUGCCGCGCUGCUGCUCGUCGAGCUCGGCUCCGGCCGGGCGCUCGUCAAGUACCACCAGCCGGCGACGCUGUUCCUCCAGGUGUACACCGUCGCCGCGGCGGGCGCUGUAUUCAUCAAGUACGAGAAGGAGCGGAUCAGUGUCUGGCCCGGACCGCCGGCGACUAAGCCUCCCGCCACCGGCGAGUGACGGGCAUUGCACUGGCGGGAACUUUUUUGCUUUUGGAAAAUUGGCGAUGGUGCAUUUCCUGAUCUGAAAUUCUGAAGACCGGUUAGCUACGAUAUGGAUUGGGAUGAGAGAGAGAGAUCAGGUUCGUGAGGGAGAGAAGAAGAUUCACUGUUUUGGAGGUAGACUGUGUUGAGUCUUUAUGUUGGGGUGACCCAGUGCUAACAGAAGGGUGGUAAAAUGUCAGUGGUGUGGUUGAAUCUGAAGGGAAAAAAAGAUCAUAUAUACAGGUUUGUUUGGUUUAAGACAAAAGUAAUCUUACCAAUUUUUGUUAAUGCUAAAUUUUGGCAUGUUUUUGUCAUGAUCACGUUCCUAGAAGAUGAAGUUGUGUUACUCCCUCCAUCCCUAGAUGUUUGACGCCGUUGAU